CUUCAAAAAGAGUGUGUGACGAUACCAACGAAUCAGUGUUGAGUUGACUCUUAAUUUUGACAAUAAUUCAUAUGUUAUUUAAUCAGUGUAGAUAAUUAAAGUUUCUAUAAAAUGGAAGAAGAUAAAGUAUUUACUUUUCGAGACGUCAAACCAACUCCAGAUAUAUACCAUACAUAUGACAGUUCACUAAAGGGAAAUAAUGCACCGGCGAUUGUUUUAGAUCACGGGUCGUACCAAUGCCGUGUUGGGUGGGCUGUGGACCCAAAUCCAAGACUAACCUUUAGGAACUUGAUGGCUAAACUAAGAAAGGAGAAGGGGAAAUCGGAUAUAGAAAUUUUGGUUGGAAAUGACAUAGCAAAUUUCGAGGCUGUCCGUUUUCAACUAAAAUCUCCCUUUGACCGAGAUGUCAUUACUCAGAUAGAUACUGUGGAAACAGUUUUUGAUUAUGCAUUUUCACAUUUGGGGAUUGAUACUGAAGGCUCAAUCAAUCACCCUGUUGUUUUAACUGAAGCUGUAUGCAAUCCAUCACCAGCAAGGCAGUUUAUGAAUGAACUCUUAUUUGAGUGCUAUCAAGUACCAGCUGUCUCUGUGGGAAUAGAUGCUCUUUUCAGCCUACAACAUAACUUUUCUAAACCAUGUGUUGAACUUCCUACGUCUCUUGUUGUUCGUCUCGGGUAUCAGACAACGCAUAUCCUACCGGUGAUAGGCGGUAAAUGUGAUCCACAAGGAAUUCGUAGAAUAAAUUUGGGUGGACUACAAAUGAUUUCCUAUUUGCAUCGCUUGCUACAGUUAAAAUAUCCUUCUCACUUAUCUUCUGCAACAUUUAGUCGAGCAGAGGAGCUUAUACAUAACUAUGGAUACAUAGCAGAAGAUUAUCUCAAAGAACUGAGCAAAUGGGCUGACGGGGAUUUUUACGACGAAAAUGUCCGAAAAAUCCAAUUGCCGUUUAUCCCAGCUCCUACGGCUGCUGAAACCAGUUUGAAUUUAGAACAACAGCAACAGCGUAGAAAAGAGAAUGUGAAAAGACUGGUCGAAAUUAACGCCAAGAAACGCGAGGAGAGGUUGGCAUCAGACGAAGAGCGUUUGGAGACGCUUCAGAUUAUUCAACAUCAAUUGGCAGAAGUCGAUGAUGGAUUGGCUGUAAAACUAUUGAGGCAAGCUGAAAUUACAGACGAGCAUCAUUUAGAGCAAGAAAUUCAGAAUAUACAGGAUCGCGUUUCAAGAACGCGACAAAAAAUGGCUGCAGCUGCAGUAAAUCCUAAUGAGGAAGGAGAACCCAAGAAGCCCACUGAGACGGCAGAGUUCCAAGAAUGGUUAGAAGGAAUCCGCAAACAGAGAACAGAGAUCCUUUCCAGAAGAAGAGAAAGACAGCAGCGUCGUCAAGAACUCACGAAAAGAAAAUCUGCAGCUGCCCAAGAGAGGAUGCGCAUAUUAAGUAUGCUCGCAAAAAGUGGUAGCAGUGGACCGGGCAAGAAAAAAGAAGAUACGUUUGGUAUGAAAGAUGAAGAUUGGGAUAUAUAUAAAGCAGUCAGCAAAGAUGGGGGAGGAUCCGACAGCGAGGCUGAACAGGAGAAACUGAAUGACCUCGAAUCAGCCUUGAAGCGUUACGACCCGAAUUUCAAGAACUACAGUGGAACUUCUUCGAGCACUGGUGAAGGCAGUUCAGGUGGUUUUGUUCCCACGGCUGAAUAUUAUCAACUUCACAUAGGCACCGAACGUAUUCGAGCUCCUGAGCUUUUCUUUCAACCCAGCUUUAUCGGCUCCCACCAAGCUGGCAUUUCGGAAACGAUAGACUAUGUCGUAAAACUUUAUGAUCCUGCUACUCAACUGCAGCUGGUUAGCAACGUUUUUGUAACUGGUGGUUGUGCCAAUAUUCCUGGUCUAGUACCAAGACUACAAAAGGAUCUCCUAUCUAUGCGUCCUUUCGAAUCUCCUUUCAAUGUCAAUAUAGCGGCCGACCCAGCAGGAGAUUCUUGGAAGGGUGCUCGUGAAUUCGGUAAAGUAGCUCCUCCUUCCGCUUACCUUUCUCGAUCUGAAUAUCAAGAGUGCGGCCCGUACUACUUUACCGAACAUCACGCAUCAAAUAAGAGAUUCGCAUUGAUGAAACAGUAAAUCUAAACUUUUUAUAGAAGUUUCUAUUGUGUAGAUUUGCUGGAAGUACAAAUUGAAAUUUUCCACGUAAA